GUAGCGGCUGCCGGAGGAGCAGCGAAAGAGAGAGAGAGAGAGAGAGAAAGAGAGAGAGACUAGAGAAAGAGAGAGAGAGAGGGGGAGCAGAGGGUGGAGACGCCGAGCGGUGUCUGGGUCAGACAGCUCUGUCGUUUCGCACAAUCACAGAGGAGAGAGAGAGAGAGAGAGAGUGAGAGGGGGACAGAGAGAAAGAGAGAAAGUGAGUGAGUGAAAAGAGAGAGAGAGAGAGAGAGAGAGAGAGAAAGCUCAGCAGGAGAGAGGAGGUAGACAUGUCAGAGGAUGUGGUUUUCCUGAGCUUGCAGAACAUCGCACAGGCAUACUUUGAGCAUGACCUAAACAAGAGCACGCAAAAGUGUGUUUGCUGCCUUUCCGUUAGCUGCGAGAAGCCUCUGAGCGGGAGAACGAGAAGCCUCUGCGACUGAUCCCCCCUGGAUUUUGAGCCUCUUUCCGCGUCUUUAUUUUUGGUCCUCUCUCGCUCCCCUCUUUUGCUCCUUUUCCUCGUUUUUAUUUUUUCCUCCUCCGCCAGAAAGUCUCGGCUCUUAUCAGAGCCUCUCGGGCUCCUGAGAGGAAUUGCGGAGGAUUUGUUGGCUGUCACCUCAGCUGCGCGUUGUUGCUGGUGCUGGUGGUGCCGCGCUCCCUGACGCUCCCGUUCAUGCCUCUUCCCGGCGGCUGCGCCGGUCCACUCGCCCACUCCUGAUCUCGCCGGCCAACUUGGAGGAGCCGCUCGUCACCACUUUCACAACAGGCCUAUAGACGGACUCGGGGGGGCGAUGGGCUGUGGUCUGCGGAAGCUGCGUCAGUCGGACGACGGCAGCCCGGGGAAGAUCUACUCCACCCUCAAGCGGCCGCAGGUGGAGACCAAAGUGGGUGUCGCUUACACCUACCGCCACCUCGACUUCCUGGUGGGCAAAGAUGAUGGGACGUCCACGCUGCAGCUGUCCUCGGUGCGCGAGCUGCCGGCCCAGGUGCUGGAGCUGUACCAGCAGGGCUUCGUGCUGGCGGCGGUCCACCCUUUCGUCCACCCGUGCGGCCCCGAGCCGGCCAAACGGCAGCGGCAGCUCUACCGGGCCGUCCUCGUCCGCCUGGCAGACAGUGUGGAGAAGAGCCAGUCGGAGUUCGAGCCGUGCAGCCUGAGAUUGGAGGAGUGCCUGUCUGCCGAGCGCUUCCCCAGCGCCGAGCACAUCCAGGGCUACGUCAAGAAACAGAUCCAGGAUGCGGCGGACCAGGGCAUCAUGUUCGUGGGCUUCAUCCAGGAGCCCGGCCGGGUCCGAGUCCACCUGUCCAGUCUCAGGGACACGGAGGAGCCCUCCCUGUCUCUGCACUCCAGCCCCAGCUCCCUGCACAGCUCCGGGGUCGGCCCCAGCCCCAGCCCCAGCCCCCUGGAGCCCACGGCGGCCCCGGAGGAGCAGAGCAAGGCUGCGGGAGACGAGCCCAUGUCCCUGAACGGGGACAAUGAGGAGGAGGAGCCAGCCGCCAGGCACGGCAGCCGGGGCCCGGACGAAGGAGGAGUCGUGGAGGAGGAGGAGGUGAUGUCCUCCGUCCCCGCGUCGCCGUCCUCUCAGGCGUCCGAUUUCGAGUCCCCGACGCACAACAACAACGACACGAAAGUCUCACAGCGGACCAAUAAGCUGUCCAGCACAGCGCCUGUUAAGAAUGGGAUGGAGCUCUUUGCCCUCUACAACCAGCCGUGCAGCCGUGAGACCCAGGUCAAGUUCUACACGGUCAAAGUGCCUCUGAGGGUGCAGCCCCACGAGGAGGGCGUCCCCAGCGUGGAGGCCAACUGGCUCGAUCACAUGACUCAGCACUUCAACAACGGCGCCUCGCUUGUGGACGGCUACUUCCACCUGGGCGACGGCGACGGUGGCGACUCCCUUCCCAAGUUGGUGGAGAGCGUUUUCAUCUUUCAAGAAGGCCUGGAGGGAGAUUCCAACACAGCCACAGCCUACGAUGCCAUUGUGGUGGAGCAGUGGACUAUCAUUGAUGGUGUGCAGGUGAAGACCGACUACAUUCCCCUGCUCCAGUCCUUGGCCCUGUACGGAUGGAGACUGACCUGCGUCCUGCCCACCCCCAUCGUCAAGACCAACAGUGAUGGAAGUCUGUGCACCAAGCAGAUCGUCUUUCUCCAGAGGCCCGUGCUGCCACGCAAGAAGAGAGAGUCUAAGAAGCUCAUCUUCAAGGCGCGGAACAAGUCCAACAAGAACUCCAUCAAAGACGCGCCCAAGGACAAGAAGAAGAACGCCGCGCCCCUGGCAUCCGUGGAGAGGGAGCUGGACGACCAGAGAAUCUCCGACGGCGUGCAGAAGGUGGCCAAAGAGAAGAAGAGCAAGGGAGCGAGGGAAGAGAAAGGAGGGAGCACAGAACCCGAGUUAGACGAUAAGAUGACACCGAACAAGGCAGAGGCCCAGACCACAGCGGCCAAGGAGGAGGGGGGGAUAGAGACGGCGGAGGGAGAGGUGGAGAGCGCGGCCGAGGGAAAGGAGGAGAAAGGAGGAGAGGCGGAGAGGAAAGAGGAGGCCGAGGAAGGUGGCGAGAAGGAGGUCAGCGAAAGGAACAACAGCAGGGCAAGCACUGAGCCGGAGACGAAUGGAGAGACACAGAGAGAGGGUGAGAACGGAGAGACAGAGAGAGAGGGUGAGAACGGAGAUACAGAGAGAGAGGGUGAGAACGGAGAUACAGAGAGAGAGGGUGAGAACGGAGAGACAGAAAGAGAGGGUGAGAACGGAGAUACAGAGAGAGAGGGUGAGAACGGAGAGACAGAGAGAGAGGGUGAGAACGGAGGAGGAGAAGCUGAGGAUGAGGGCGAGGGAGAGGCAGAGAUCAGGAAGGAGGGAGAUAAGGAGGAAAGGAAAGAGGAGGGAGGAGAGGGCCGGGGAGAAGAGCAGGAGAGCGCUCUGAGCACACAGGUCAACAAGGCCGAGUCUGACCCGGACACAGUGGGAGAGGUCGCCGUGCACCCGGGAGCAGAGACAUUGACCAAUGGGAGCAUUGGGGAGGGGCCCGAGGAGGAGGACAAAAUGGAGGUGGAGGUGAAGGAGUAGAGAUUCCUCCACCCGUCCAGACAUCAGCUGCACCGACACUGGCUGAACCUCCACCCCCCUCUCCCUCUCUCUCUCCCUGCUCCCAGGAAGGGCUAGCUGCUCUCUGGGCUCUCUCAGCCUCGGCCCACUGGACGAGCCUUACACAGCCAGUGGGACCUUCUACUGCUGCUUUGUCCUGCUUCGUGCCCCACUCCCCUCCCCGUUAACACUUAGGGUGCCUCUCAUUUAGUCUUUUAUACAUCCUCCCUUCCUUCCUCAGUCCUCACUGAUCUACAUAAAGAAUGAUGGGGUGGCAACAAUGGGAUAGUCUAUCCAGUGUUAGUUAUAGAUCAGUGGGAACGAGCCUGUAGGAUCGAGCGUCGAGGAUCGAGGAGAGAAGUUGCAGAGGUACCCUUUGACUGCUCCCACCAAAAUAGUCGUCCGUGGCGGUGCCUGCCUCGAAUUAGCCCUCCCGUUUACAUACUGACUCGCUUUUCACCUCGCUGCCACUCUCACUUACAUCUGCUGAGAAGAGGAGGAACUCUGUAUACAAGCUGAUAGAAGAGGAUGGGGGGGGGGAGGGCUGGGGGUGGAGGGCUGUUAUCACAACCACUGGAUAUUAAAAACACAUGGGGAAGAUAUACUGUGUGGCCAAAGGGGGGCCUGAGACUAAUGAGAUAGACUCACUGACUCACAAAUUCCUCCUUCCUGUGCCCCAUUGUACAGUAUUGCUGUUGAAAUUCCUUCAUCAAGAGGGUAUGCAGGAAGGGAGCACACAGCGAAGGAAAUGGCUACUGUUGCGAAAGGCAAUCCAUUGUGAACCAGAUGGUAUACAUCUUUGGAAAGAUUGGUCUUUUUUUUUUGUUGUUUACAUUUGUUGAUAAACUGACUCGAUUAUGAAAUGGAGGAAUGUCACUUUUACAAGCACAUACUGUAUAUCUAAAGUGUAUGCUAUACAUGGAAUGUAUAUCCAGUGCAUUUGUGCAUUUAAGCCAAUUUGCUUGGUGAAGUGUUAAUAUGAAGAAUUUGAUUUCUUUUCUUAGGAGAGUAGAAAUAUUAUGAAGAGUAAGAAAAGUGCUAGGAUCUAUUUUUGCAGAAUCAGACAUCUGCAGUUACUGCCAUCUGUGUUCAAAGAGCUCAAGGUUCUUCAUACGUUCUGGGUGUGGUUUUUUCAUCACAUCAAUAUCUUAGAGACAUCAGUACUGAUGAGAACAUUAAGAAAACUGUGGUUUACUGCAGUUUCAUUCUCUCAUAAACAGGAAAUCAGUCAACAGUUGGGGUUUGCUGAGAUAUUUUUGUUACAAAAAAAAUCGAUCAAUUUCCAGUGGUGACACUGUCAUAUAUGUUUUCAUGUUCUUUAGUUUAAAUGAUAUGACCUGUUAGCUGGCUAAUGGGGAUAAGACGUAACCUUUUUUCCUCCAAAAAGCUUUUAGGACCUGCAACGCCAGUUACUCGCAUCUUUCGGCCAUGAUUUGGAAACCUACUUACGAACAAGUACAUUUUCUUGAUGACUAUCGUUGGGUUCGGUACAUUAUAAUUGGUGUUAUUAUACCUCAAAGCUUCACAUUUGUCCACAGGCAAAGACCAAGGCAACAUGACUCACAAGGGCCUGACUGAGAUCUUUUUUUUCCCCUCCGCCUCAAGACUUCAGGGUUUCGCUGUAUUUUCUUCAUAAAAACGGCGCGACGCUGUGUAAAUCACUCGUCGUACACGGUCAAAAAUGUCCAGCUGCAGCUUGUGUUUUCAAAGAGUGCUGAUUUCAAACCAGAAGUGUUUGUCCGCUCUCUCGCAAACUGCUGAGCGGAGAUUUUCCGCCUCGCCGUAAAAAAAAAAGAAAAAAGGUGUGAUAUGACAUCACCAUGCCAGCGUGGGCUGCUGCAUGCGUAUGGAUUUUUUGGGGCGCAAGGGACCAGGGGGCUUUUUCACCUCACGGCACCCCCCCGCCCUCAACGCCCUCAAAGGUCACUGAUAGCCAGGUGA